CCGCUCAGCCAGCAAUGAUUUGUCCCUCUCCGCGCUCCGUCAACGUACACCAGCUUAGCUGUCUGCGGCAUGGCUCCUCUCCUCUAGGCUGUACGCAUCUGGCUGGCUGGACCUUCAUAUUGCUAUCGUGUUGUUAGGCUAGCUCAUACAUGACAUGAUACACCUCGGGUUCUUGGCCAUGGCACCCGGUUUCAUGCCGAGGCGCCUGAUCGCCUUCCUCCUCAUCUUUUGUGUCCUCCGCCGGGGUAAGGGGGGCAGCACAACCUCGCCGGGGCAGCAGAACCUGCUGUGUGGCUCGCAAAAGUACGAGAUGGGCAGCCCCUACGACGACCACGUUCGCUGGCUUCUCCCCAACCUCACCGAGUCCGUCAUCAAGGACGGCGCCAUUUCCGGCUGGGCUGACGCUGGCAACGUGGCCAGCGACCCUGGUGAUGGGGUGGGUUGCGUGGCCAUGUGCUACGCGGACCACAGCCGGGAAGACUGCGCGCAGUGCCUCAGGUACGUCGCCGGCCGGUUCCUCCAAGGGAAGGCCUGCCCCAACGCCAGGAACGCGACCGCCUUCUACGACACCUGCAUGGUAUGGUACUACCAGCUCUCCACGGUGGUGGGCUUCGGCUACUUAUACGUGGCGUUCAGAAGCGAUUUGGGGCUUGACCUCACCGGCAGCCAAGAGGCCGCGAGCUUCUGGAAGAAGCGGAGAUUGCUUCUCCAAGAUCUAUCCAGCCAGGCCAUUGCGUCGAAGCAGUACGCCGCGGCCAGCAGCACCGAGUACGGCUACGGCAGCGCCGUCCAAAGCAUCUACGGCCUUGUCCAGUGCCAGAGGUUCCUGUCCAGAGAAAACUGCAGCUCCUGCCUCAAGGCCUUGGCACUCUUCGUUACCAUUCAACCCAGCACCCAGAAUAUGACUAUAGGCGCGGUCAAAACUUACUGGUGCUACAUCAGAUAUGGGACGGAGAAGUUCGCUGAUUACAUCUCCGAAUACAUGGCGACGCUGCCGUCGCCCAACGACGCUUGGGCAACAGCACCUGCCAUGGCACCGACACCACCACCACCCCACCAAGGGUGGGCAACAAUGAUAAGAGUUAUCAUCGCUAGCUGCAUCAGUAUCGUCUUGGUGACCGGGAUUAUGCUUCUCCUUGGGUACCUCUUCCGUGGGAGGAUGUUCUGUGUGACUCCCAGGCAAAGCAUACAACUUGGCAGCUUGGCGCCAAUGCAGUUUUCAGCCAGCCAGCUCAGGGACGCGACUAACAACUUCACUGACCCACUCGGCAACGGUGCAUUCGGUACCGUGUACAAGGGUACCAUAGAAGGGAAGGAGGUGGCCGUAAAGAAGCUUCACAGCAAGGAUGGAGUCAUAGGUGAGGCCUUCGCCAGUGAAGCCCGCAUACUCAUGGCGAUCAAGCAUAAGAAUCUGGUUAAGCUGCUAGGGUACUGCAACCGAGGCGACGACAGGUUGCUCUGCUUCGAGUAUCUUAGCGGCGGAAGCAUCGAUAAGCUAAUCUAUAAGAAAAGUGGGGAUGUGCUAGACUGGAGUGGACGCUACAAGAUUGUGCAAGGAAUAUGUUCAGGCCUGCACUACCUCCACCAUGAACUGGACCAGGAGCAGAACAUCGUGCACCUGGAUUUGAAGGCGAAUAACGUGCUGGUCAGCCGCGGUGAAGGAGGAGACAUCACCAGUGUGAAGAUCGCCGACUUUGGCAUCUCAAAGUUCUUCCGCAUGGAUCUAACGCACUCAUACAUGGAGCAGAUCAUUGGUCCAAAGGCGUACAUGGCACCAGAGUACCUCGGCAAGGGUAGAAUUUCACCCAAGGCCGACAUUUACAGUUUCGGUGUUCUUAUUCUGGAGAUAGUCACUGGGCAAUGCGCCAAAGUGGAUGAUUCUUCAGACGACUUCAUCACGUGGGUUCACGGCGAGUGGAGCAAAAGAGAUGUCCGAGCUCUCAUAUAUGUCCAUGACGAGUCGUUGUCCAGCGACUGCAUCGUACAAGCCCAAAACUGCAUCGAGAUAGCGAUGGAUUGCAUCCAGGAAGAUCCCAACAGCAGGCCGGACGCCGAAAUGAUAAGGCAGAGGCUCUUGCGGGUAUGACCAGGGCGGAUGUGAAGAACUUCAUUGGUUAAGUUUUUUUAGGCAAAUUCGCAAAAAAAAAAUGUUUAUGUGAGGUUUGUACUGUCCUCGUUACUGGGCUCGUUUGGAUGACGUCGAGAGUGUGUUCUUUGUUCAAGCCACUGGCUUGCAUUGGGAUCCACCAAGUUGGUGUAUUUGUAACUUUAAAUUUCAUGGGUUGCGUGAUUUGCUAUUUGACGAAUUCAUUUUUCAAAUGGCUCUCGCACAGCCAUACACAAA